AUUUAGGUUCUCAUUUCUCUUUCUCUUCUUCCUCUCUCUAUCUCCUUCUCUCUCUCCCUCUUUCUCUCUCUUGCUCCUCGACAAGCACCGACUCUCAGACUCACCGAUCUUCCGAUUCCUUUUCGUCUUGGUUUAUGAGCUCGAAGGAGAGACCCACUCUUGGUGGCACGCGGAUUAAGACCCGCAAACGGAAUAUUGCAGCUCCCCUGGACCCUGCAGCAUUCUCGGAUGCAGUGGUCCAGAUUUAUUUGGAUAAUGCUGGUGAUCUGGAACUUAUUGCCAAGACCAUUGAAUCUGCAGACCUUAACUUCUCUAGAUACGGUGACACCUUUUUUGAGGUUGUUUUCACUGGGGGCCGGACACAACCUGGAACUACCAAGCCUGAUGAGGGGGAACGCCAUCCUUACUCUAUAAUAGAGGUUGAGCCAAAGCGUGAACUCAUCUUACCAUCAGUAAUCUACAUACAAAAGAUUUUGCGGCGAAAGCCAUUUCUCAUCAAGAACCUUGAAAAUGUCAUGCGAAGAUUCCUUCAGUCAUUGGAGCUUUUCGAGGAAAAUGAGAGGAAAAAGUUGGCAAUCUUCACAGCACUUGCUUUUUCCCAGAAGUUAUCUGGUCUGCCACCAGAGACCGUGUUCCAACCACUUCUUAAAGAUAACCUUGUGGCCAAAGGGCUAGUUCUGUCAUUUAUAACUGACUUCUUUAAAGAGUAUCUGAUUGACAACAGCCUAGAUGACCUUAUUUCAAUUCUGAAACGGGGUAAAGUAGAGGAAAAUCUUUUGGACUUUUUCCCCCCUACGAAAAGAUCUAAUGAGUCUUUCUCUGAGCAUUUCACCAAGGAAGGACUGGAGGCCUUGGUGGAGUAUAAUGAAAAGAAAAUAUUUGAGGUGAAACUUAAGGAAAUGAAGUCUGCUUUAACAACGCAGAUAACGGAGGAGGUUGAUAUAUCUGAAGUCAUUGAAACUGUGAAGCUGCGAGUUAGAGAUGCUAAAUUGCCAGACACUGAGAUUGUGCGGGUCUUGUGGGAUGUUUUAAUGGAUGCUGUUCAGUGGUCAGGGAAAAAUCAGCAACAGAAUGCAAAUUCAGCCCUGCGUCAGGUAAAAACAUGGGCAGAACUAUUGAAUACAUUCUGCACCAGUGGGAAACUUGAGCUGGAACUGAUGUACAAAGUACAGAUGCAAUGCUAUGAGGAUGCUAAACUGAUGAAGCUGUUCCCUGAGAUUGUUAGAUCUCUUUAUGAGCAGGAUGUGCUUGCUGAAGAUACCAUUCUUCAUUGGUUUCGAAAAGGAACAAACACCAAGGGCAGGCAAACCUUCGUGAAGGCACUGGAACCUUUUGUUAGUUGGCUGGAGGAGGCUGAAGAAGAGGAAUGAGUGCGGCGAAGGUUCAAGGCUGAAGAUAUUACGUUGUCUUUAGCUUUUUAACCAUAUUAGCUAUAUCCCCUUUCUGAGAUAUUGACUCGUAUUCUCAUAAGUUUGAUUUGCCUGGCACACUGAUAAUCUGUUUCAGUUUGUAUUUGACUCUAUUCUCUCCAUCGUGCCCUCGCAACAUAUCACGGUGCUUGCGUGUAAUCUGCACGCCAGAGUGAUUAUGUCUUACGGGGUGUAUUACUGUGUUUUGAGUGUUAAAUAAUGGAUUUACUCUGACUCUCUUUCACAUGCUUUCGUUUCUUCAAAUUUUUAAC